AUGUCUCAACUUUUGAAAGCACUUACCCCAACUCCAACAGGUUGGUCUCACAAAACUCAUUUCUGCAAAUGGAACGGCAUUGUUUGCAUGUCUGGUGGAGUUCGUUCCAUCACACUCCCAUCAAGCAACCUCACUGGAACACUGCCUCCCAAUCUCAACUUGCUUACUAAUCUCACCACCAUAGAUCUCCACAACAACUCACUCACCGGUCCUUUGCCUGAUUUGUCUGCUCUCUUCCUUCUCGAAACUGCAUCCUUUGGUCACAAUAACUUCUCCUCCAUCCCAGACGGUUGCUUUCGCGUGAUACCGAAUCUGAGAACCCUAAACCUUAGCAAUAACUUGAAUCUCUUACCAUGGCUUUUUCCUACGGAUUUAAGUUAUUCGUCACUCAUGCAAACCCUCGAUCUUGAAGCUACAAAUAUCCUAGCUACCUUGCCAUCAGAAAUGUUCGAUUGGUUUCCGACUCUGCAUACUGUUUUUGUUUCUCACAACAAUAUCACUGGAAAGCUUCCGGUGUCUCUUGGAAAAUCUGUGGUAAGGUAUUUACGAUUCAACGACCAAGGGAUGUGGAAUCGGCUCACAGGUUCCAUUGAUGUUAUAUCAUCAAUGAAGUUCUUGUCUCAAGCAUGGCUUCACAACAACGGCUUCACCGGUCCAAUUCCUAACUUGUCUAAUUCAAAUUAUUUGUUUGAUUUGCAACUUCACUCAAAUAUCUUAACUGGUUUGGCUACACCUUCUUUGUUCCCUCUCUCUACCUUGAAAAAUAUAUCACUACAUGAUAAUUAUCUUCAAGGACCGGUGCCCUUGUUUCCUGAUGAUAUUGAAGCAACUUGGGAGGAAAACAAUUUUUGUGUUGGACCUUGUGAUCCACAGACCACGAUUUUGCUUCAGAUUUUUGAAUCUUUUGGAUUUCCUGUUUUUCUGUCAAGUAAAGCUAACAAUGCUUGUUCUGUAGGGUCAUUGUUUAUGUGCCAAAGCGGAAAAAUUGUGAGCGUUGAUAUGAAGAAUCUGAGUUUAACAGGAACCAUCUCCAUGGCAUUUUCCAAUUUAACAAGUUUAGUGAACUUGAAUCUUGGUGGCAAUAAUUUGACAGGUUCAAUACCACGUAGUCUUGCAACUUUGCCUCGACUCCAACUUCUUGAUGUUUCUGAUAAUAAUCUAUCUGGACGAGUUCCCAAAUUUUCAUCCAAGGUGACCUUAAUUACCAGAGGCAAUACUUGGCUUGGGCUAAAUGGUUCUCGACGAGGUGGAGAAGAAAAUGCAACUGAUCCUCAUCAUGGAGGCACAUCUAAAACAGCAGGGUUUAGACCUCUUUGGAUUGUAGGGGCAUCAAUGUUUAGUGUUGGAAUUGUAAUAUUUAUUGUGAUUAUUUGCAAACGUAAGAGGUAUUCUAUUGCAGUAAAGAGGUUGAUCCUCAGAAGUACAAAGAAAUCUAUUGACAACAAUGUGGAGGAUUUUAUACAAACUUAUAACUUGUCGGUACCAAUUAAGCAAUAUAGAUAUGCAGAAGUGAAAAGAAUGACAAAUUCUUUCAGAGAUCAAUUAGGUCGAGGAGGAUAUGGUAUUGUGUACAAAGCAAGUUUACCCGAUGGUCGUCAAGUGGCAGUGAAAAUGAUAAACGAGUCAAAAGGGAAUGGAGAAGAAUUCAUAAACGAAGUUGCUAGCAUUAGUAGAACUUCACAUGUGAACAUCGUCUCACUAGUGGGUUUUUGUUAUGAGAAUAAAAGAGCACUCAUAUAUGAAUUCAUGCCCAAUGGCUCACUAGACAAAUAUAUCUUCAAAAAUGGAUUUCCGGAUGCUAUUUGUAAUUUGGAUUGGAAUACAUUGUACCAAAUUGCAAUAGGAAUUGCUCGAGGCCUAGAUUACUUGCAUCAAGGAUGUAUUUCACGAAUUUUGCAUCUUGAUAUCAAACCUCAAAAUAUUCUUCUGGAUGAAGAUUUUUGUCCAAAAAUUUCUGAUUUUGGAUUAGCUCAAAUUUGUCGAAGGAAUGAUAGUGUUGUGUCCAUACUUGGUACAAGAGGAACUAUAGGAUAUAUAGCUCCUGAAGUAUUUAGUCGGACAUUUGGUGCAAUUUCUCACAAGUCUGAUGUAUAUAGUUAUGGUAUGUUGAUUUUGGAAAUGAUUGGUGGAAGAAAAAACUACGACACUGGAGGAUCGUGUACUUCUGAAAUGUAUUUUGCAGAUUGGAUUUAUAAGGAUCUUGAGCUACGCAAUAACCUUGUCAACGGUUUAGCAUACUCAGAGGAGGAAAGGGAUUUGAUUCGAAAGAUUACUAUGGUUAGUAUAUGGUGCAUUCAAACAAAUCCAUCGGAUAGACCAUCGAUGAGUAAAGUAAUCGAAAUGCUACAAGGACCACUUGAGUCGGUAGCAUAUCCUCCAAAACCUUGCUUAUAUUCUCCUGGAAUGCCAUCUUUACAAACUUCAUAUGAGGCUUCCAACAAUUUGUUAGAGGAAAAUUCAACAACCUUACUGGAGAAUGAUUCUGCAAAAUCAAAUAACAUUUGCAAAGACAAAAGUGAAAAUAUGAGUGUAAUGUAA